CUUGAUCCAUGGAAACCCAUUAUGAAGUUCUUGGUGUAGCAAAAGAUGCUCCUGUUAGUAUAAUCAAGCAAAGAUUUCAACAACUGAUUAUCGAACAUCACCCUGAUAAACGAAACAAUCUACCAUUGUCAACGUCAGAUCAAGAUUAUGCACAUCGUAUCUUGCAAGCUUGGGCUGUUUUACGGAAUGAAGAGAAACGGAAACUAUAUGAUCAUGAAUUGGAGGUAGCGACGCAACGACAAAAAGUGACAAUCAAUGCAGAUGUGGAUUUGGAUGAUAUGGAAUACGAUGAAAGCAAUAGAAUAUUCAGUCUGAUAUGUCGUUGCUCUGGUAGUUAUGUGAUAUCAGAAGAAGAUUUGGAACAAGGCAAUGAUGUGAUUUGUUGUGAUAAUUGUUCAUUACGAAUAAGGGUACUCUACGAUAUAAUUGAUGAUGAUGAUGAUGAAUGAAUGAAUGAAUAGAAUAGACAUAGAUAGAUAGAUAAAUAAUUCCCCUUUUUAUCAUCAAAAUCUACCUUUUUUAAU